AUGAUAGGCACCGAGUUCAAAGCUGUCAUCUCACAGACGGCGAUGUCUGAUAGUAUGCAGCAAAUGGCCGCUGAGGUGUCCGCCGACGCAUCCAUUCGAUACAACACUCUUGUGGGGAUAAGCAAAUUCAUUAAAGAGGCAUUUGAGAAGCAAUACGGCAACAUAUGGCAAUGUGUAGUCGGAAAAGAAUUCGCAAGUUUCAUUUCCUACAAUGACAAUGACUUCAUACUAUUCCGUCUUGGAGAUAUCUCAGUUCUUCUUUUCCGAUGCAGCUAG